AUGAGUCCGAAAAAGGAAAUUAAAACUAUCUCUACCAGGAACCCCAGGAAGCCAAAGAAUUCCCAGACAAGGAAUCAACUCCCAAAACUAACAAAGAAUGAGUUGAACAGUCUGAUGUGUAUCCAAGUAACAGAAAAGGGUCUUCGACUCAAGGAACCAGAGAUUACAUUCCCCUUCCGCAUGUGGCUGGAUCAGAAAAAACAGGAAAGAGUAACUGACCAAACAACAGAAGAUCAGAUCUCCCCCUCGAAGGUUAGUGAAAAUAAUUGUCAGGAAGAAAUUGAGAACAAGAAGAAAUUGGUUACUGCCUCUAGGAGAAGAGAAGGUAUAUCCCACGAGAACUAUUAUUCCAAGAGAUUGCAAGGAGGCCUCUGCAACGAUGAAAAGGAAAUCAAGAUGUAUUCCACUCGUAGGUUUAUUCUAGAAUUAUACGGAAGAGUCAUUAAUUCUCCUAAGAAGAAGAGGCAGGAUGGAAUUUAUUAUGUUGCAGAUUUUAUUGACAUCGGAGAGCCUAAACCCUCUUAA